UAGCAGUACCAGUCUCCCCCUCCCCCCUCCCACCACCAAACCACCUCACCCUCUCCCACCACCUGAAGCCGUAGCCACAAGAUCCCCUCGUCCUCCCCAACCCUAACCCUAUCUCUGAUCUGAAUCUUUGGUUGGGCUGCAGGCUUGUUGUAUCCCAGAUGGCGUCCUCUUCGUUAUCAUCAGGAGCGCGCUCGUCCUCCAAUGCUGGAGAUGUUGGCUACUAUCCCAACCCAUCUCCGAUUCCUUACCGUGAGCACGCGCUAGCAUAUGAGCCAGCUUCGAAUUGCUGGUGCGAAGAGAAAGGGGCGAGGAGAAUCUCUUGGACCAACGCUAACCCUGGUCGCAGGUUUCUGAACUGCCAAAAAUCUCGUGACGGAGGUUGCAAGUGGUUUGAGUGGUUUGAUGACCCUACUACACCAUUCCUUCGCCAACUUUUGGUCGAUUUGCGUGACACGGUGCACAACCUGCGGAGGGAGAACGCUCGGCUCAAUUGAGUCAACGCGGACCUUGAAAUGGGGAUUGAGGAACGAAGCUCCACUAAUAUUUCUUUGCGGGAUGCAUUGCGCAAGACGAAGGAACGAAAUAAGGCUCUCGAAGAAAAGUUGGGUCAGACUGAAGCCCUUCUCAAGGAAAAGGCAAAUGGACAGCAGAAGCGGAUGCUUUUUAGUGUGAUUUUGUUAGUGUUCCUCCUGUUUCUAGCUAGCAAGCUUGCAGCUUAGUAUUUAUCAGUUGUUGUUGCCCUGCUCGAGCUGAUGUGCUGUUCGUGAACAAUUUAAUUAAUAUUGUGCUAUCCGCUACCAAUUCCUUUUGUGUAAUCUGAAGAAUGAUGUUUAUGUUAAGCAAAAUGUGUCUAUUUGGGGUGCA